UUUGCCAUGGUAACUAAUUGAGAUGUAAACACCAGGACAGAUUUAAUGGGUUGAUCUUUGCACAAUUGGAUAAUGCAUUCAUGGUUUGGAUUUGGGUUGGUUUCAGUUGCUGAACUAUGAGUGGUGGACUUCACAACAACCCAAAGGGGCUCCCGGUUAAUGACCCAGAGAGUACUAGAAUUGAAGGGGGAGCUAUAUUGCAGUCUUUCAGCUUGAAGAUCUUCUGCUAUAAUGAACUGAAAAAAGCCACCAGGAACUUCCGUUUUAAAAAUAUUGUGGGUUUUGGUGAUUCUAAUACAGUCUACAAGGGAUGUAUUGAUGAGCAUUCACUCAAGGCCACCAAGCCUGGUACCGGCAUAGACAUUGCCAUAAAGAUGCCUAGCAGAAAAGAGAGGUUCCGGCUGCAGGAUCACCAGGACUUGUUGGUGACAGAAUUUAACCGCCUUGGACAGCUUAUUCAUCCAAAUCUUGUAAAAAUGAUUGGCUACUCUCUAGAGGAUAACAAAGGGCUCCUGGUGUACGAAUUUAUGCCUCGAGGCAGCUUGGGAGUACAUCUACAUUCAAGGGAUCCUCAAUCACAACCGCUUUCAUGGAACCUUCGCAUGAAGAUUGCGCUUAGUGCUGCUAAGGGUCUAGCAUAUAUUUCUUCACGGUGACAAGACAAAAAUGAUAUACGGGGACUUAUUCUUCUUGAUUCAAACUAUGAAGCCAAAAUCUAUGGUUAUGGCUUGGUAGAGGAUGAUGAGCUUGAAGGUUAUAGAAGGCCUAGAGGCCAUGACACUGAAUGCUCUCUGGAUUCAUCGUACGCAGCUCCUGAGUAUCUUACGGACACACACAGACGAGAAUAUGAGUAUAGAUUUGAAAGCAGCGAUGAUGAUGAAAUGGGUAUCUUUUUCUCACCACAAGCUCACUUUUACUCUCUCUGUGUGAGGCAUAACUACACACAAGAACUCAAGGAUACCUGCUACUGACAUCUAACUCCUAACUGCAGCACUCUGGACUUAUACAUUCCCGCUGGUUUAGUGUAUAUAUAUAUAUACCUGUAUAUUCCUAAGUAACUUUUCUGUAUCAGCUCCAUUUCUAUUUGCCAUCAAAUUCCAGCCAUUCUUAAUCAAAGAUCUCUGCCUCCAUUUACAUUAUGUUUACCAUUGCAGUUUCCAUGACAUGAUCAAACAUAUAUUCAUGCCUGCUCUCAUCUAACCCUUGGUUCAUUCUUUUCCUUUGAAGAUGACUUUGUUCACUUGAGUCCCAAAAGUGAUGUCUACAGUUUUGGGAUUGUUCUGCUCGAAAUGAUAUCCGGUAGACAACCUCUUGACAAUACGAAGCCAAUGAAAGAACGCAAGUUAGUGCAAUACGAAGCCUUACCUUACCAGAAGAAGAAAAUUUCUCAAAAUCAUUGAUGAUCGUAUUGAAGGCCAGUACUCCAAAGGUGGAGCUAUUAGAUCAGCUAAGCUUGUAGCUCAAUGCUUAUCAAUAGAUCCCAAGGGAAGGCCAAACAUGAAUGAUGUGGUAAAAGCAUUGGAGCAGCUUCAGGAAUCCAGUGACAUGGAGGGCUUGGGAAUUUGUGAAGAUGAACCUUCCUGAAGAAAUCACAGGAGGAAGUAUCAAUCAGAAAGGCAAUGCAAUAACUGCUUCUCAUUCCAGGCAAUCUGUUUGCGGCAGCCAUGCAUAAGACAUUGAUGCAUGCUUUAAGGAGGGGGCAAUAAUUUCUUCGUCAGUGUUCCUCACUAAUACAUCUCUUACACAUGAAACUUUUGAACACUUCAAGGGUCUUUUAAUGUUUUGUUCUAAAUUUUAAGAUAUAGGCAAGGUCUUGGAUGAUGAAAUAGCCUCAAGGAGCCCGAUGCAUGAGCAAUUGGAGCGAAGAGAGCAUGCUGGCAAGUGAUCUGCCACUGUGACUUCCAUUUCUUUUUUAGGAUGGGGACAUAAUACUUGAUGAAUUGUCUCAAAAUAUAUGAGGCAGAGAAUAAGUACAACAAACAGAGACCUUCAUACCUUUUCAUUUUGUGAUUAUAAAGAAAAUUUAUGA